CUCCUAACCCCUCUUUCUCAUCGUCUUCUUCCCAGUCGCCACACUCGAGAAGCGCUCCAGAUAAUUUGUGGAUUUUGCUGAAAGGGAAGGUUUUGUGGCUUCUGUGCUGGAUUAAUGCUCUUCUGUUAAUGAUGAGGCUAUCUGCUAGUAGAAAUCAGAGGUCAAAAGGGGGAUUUAGAGUGAAGCUUGUUCUGCAGAUUUGCCUGUUACUGGCUAUCUGCACCUGGUUGCUUUACCAGGUCAAGCAUUCUCAUGACAAGAAGAAAGCUUUUGAAGAUAAGAUCUCGCAGAUUGCCUCAAUGGAGGUCUCAAAGCAGCCUCACCUCUUUGAUUUGGGCAGGAAGAGCCUUCCACUUCUCAAAGAAAAGGAUUUGACAAGCGAUAAUCAUGUCAAGGAGGACGGCAAUGAGGAGGACGAAGAAGGAGGGGGGCAGGAGCAGGAGCAGGAGCAGGAUCAAGAUCAGGAUCAGGACAUGAAACAGGAAGACACUAAGGAUGAAGAUGAAUUCUUUAGCGAAGAAGAGAAGGAUGGCCAGGUAGAGGAGGAUGAUUUUGAUCUCCAGGAGGAGGAGGGCAGUGCCCAGGAGGCCAGAGAAGAGAAUUAUAAGAGAGAUGAUGCUUCGAGCGCUGUCGCUCAUGAUUCUUCGAUGGAGAUUGAAGAUUCAAAAGGGAAUGACUUGGAGUCUUCAGCCAAUGGAACAGUUGAUGUUGGCAUGAACAACAACAAUGAAACUUUGGUUUAUGUUGCUCCUCCUAUCAGCACUAUCAGCAAUGUUUCUAAUGCUUCUUUUGGUGAAAAUAUUACUCUCAUAAAUUCGGAUUUAUCUAUAAAUGGGAGUCAUUCAACUGAAGUUCUCCAACAGAAUGAGCAAAAACUUGCCAACACAACAACACCAACAACCACCACCACAACAACAACAAAUUUACCUGUGGACAAUGCUUUUGAUAAUAGUUCAGUAGCAAUCCAAAAUGGAUCUAAAUUUGAUAAUUCUGUGUCAACCAGAGAGGUUUCUCAGCUUGCAAAAUCUGGAUUGAUCCCAGUUCAAGAUCAGAAUUACAAGUCAGACGACCAUCCUCUGAGUUCGGAUCUAUUAACAAAUGGAGUGAAGGAUUCUGAUGAUAAAGCUGCAGAGUAAUGGAGUUCUUCAGCUGGUAGAGGUAGUAAGUUCUGUAACUGAUGCAGCUAUAUAUGUUUUCCUGCAUGUAAUGCUUGCUUAGGAAAGAAAAAAAAAAAAGAUGGCCGUUUUCUAACUUUAAUGAAUGAUGAUGAUAUAUAUAUCAUGGGUUCAUCAAGUCUAGAGAAAGAAAAGUGUUUUAACUUAUGAUAAGAGUUCAGUAUAAGAGAGUUUUAGUUAAACAAUUAUGGUUUGAAGCUUGACAAUAUA